AUGCCACUUCAGAAAUCAUUCUCUGACACCAAUUAUUCCUCUAGGUCAAAGCAAAAUCGGUCACAAUGGAACAGGAAUAAAAGCUUCUCUGAGAACCAAGCCCCUAAAGCAGAGACGAAGCCCUUGCAAGAAAAACCUCCAAUACCUAUAUCUUCUGUCACAAAAAAUAAGCUUAGCAACUUUCAGUUCAAUGGCUACUUUGAUGCUGACAACAAGAUUAAAGCAACCUCCGAGGGCUUGGGAAAUGAAGAAAAAGAGAAUAUUUCAAGAGACAUAGUUGAGAAGGCUGAAGAAAGAACUACAUCAUUUGGAGUGCCAAUAAAUAAGCAUGAUAAUGUAUCGGCCUCGACUUUACAAGAAAAUCCUUCGACUCCAUGCAGCAAAUUAGCCUUACCCGACUUAAUUGGAAUGGGAGAUGUUAGAAGAUCGGUCCAUGAAGUCUCACCAGAUGACAAGAUAGAAUGGGAUCACAAUAAAGGUAUUGGCCAGGAUAAUGGUCCAAGAUUUGGGGCCAUUAGAACCGCGAGGAAACGGGCUCGAAGUUCAUCUCCUGUUGCAUCGUCACCCCUUCUUGCUUCCCAUCAGUUUGAUCCUGGAACGGAGCUUUGGGGACGCUUCUCUGUUAAUAAACCAGAAUUAUCCACACAAAGAGGCCCAUCGAUCCCUGUUCUAGCUCACCUAAUGCAGACAUCUUCACCAAAGCCAACUCAUGGUAGCACGACUCCAAGGACUACGAUAAAGUUUAGAAGAGCUCAGAGUUGUGGGAAUCAGUUCCCGCAGAGGAGAGACAGUGUAGGUGGAUCUUUCAAUGAUGCCCUGAAGAAUUCAACUAAGGUUUGUCCCUCGAAAUUGGCCGUCCUAAUAGAAAGGGUGCAGGAGGGUUUUACUCAACCCAAACUAUCUUAUCCAGCGUCAAAAUUUCAUACCAAACCUGAUUGUGGUCUAGAACUUGACAAUUUCAACCCUGAGAGUCUUCAUCUAGCGGAAAUCCCGUGCAAAAGCUUUUCAGAUACAAAGCGCUUGGAUGAUGGCAAAAUAACGAAAGAUCCCAUAGACAAAACAUUAUCUUCAGCUACGCGUGCAUCUUCUGAUUAUGGUGACUUUGACGAUGACGAAUUAGAUGCAAGCCUUAUUGAAGUAUUUGGGAUUGAGCAAGGAAUACCUAUCCAUCAAUCGCCGAAUAACUUGACAGCGUCCAUAAAUCCUGUACCUCUAUUGACUGUUCAACAAGCUACACCCACAUCUCACUCGACUUUGCCAAGAAAAGACGAUAGCAGUCGUAGCUGCCAGCCGGUAUCAAAUGAUGAAGUUUGCGAUUUUGAUGAUUCUGAGGACGAUAUCUUCUCCGCAGACUUGGAAAUUCUUGUGUCUCAGUAUGAUAAAAGACCGAUAGAAAAGUCGACACUCACGAUUACGAAGACUUCACCAAAGCUUCCGAAAUUAGAAUCUAGCCCCGCAAGAAACGAGUCAGAGGAUGAAUUUGCUGAUGGUGACCUAAAUGAUGCCGAUUUUGUGGCUGUAGAAGCAACAUGUCAGACACCUAACAGUCGGACGGCUCUUUUAAACCAAAAAGUUGGAGCCAUUCAACGAUACUUGGUGACAAAAGUUAUGGAUUCUGUAUAUGAAGAUUCUUUAAGUCGCCAGAGUAAUGAAAAGAUAUUGAUGCUUAGCGAUGGACGCACAAUAGAUCUCAGGGUUGUUCAUUUGCGGGGAAUUUGGCUAGACACUCCAGUGCCCAUUGAAGCUUAUGUUCAUAUCAUUGGACGCUUUGAUUGUACCGGUCGAUGCAUAGUUGACAACGAAAACAAUCUGCUCAUUCUACACCCUGAUCAUCUUAUAUCUUCUACAGUAGUUGCUGACUCCUUUGGCUGUAUCCGCCGAGCCAUCCUUCAGGAGAGGGUCAAGGCCACAAGUGAAAAAACUGCCCCUUUAGUUUAUGGUACAAUUCUUCAUGAGAUAUUUCAGUCAGCCAUGCAAUCGAAUCGAUGGGAUACAAAAUGGUUAGAUAAUAUUAUCCAAGAAAUAACUACAAGGCACCUUGAGGAUCUGUAUACAAUCAAGGUUCAUGUAGUUGAGGCCAUCAAGCACUUAAAAACCAAGAUGCCUGAGUUGCAGUCCUGGGCUGGAUUAUUUGUUUCGCCUCAACCAAAGCCAGGGGCCCACCUCAAAUUAUCUAACGGUGGUACUGCUCUUAUGUGUAUUUCUAAAUUACUCGAAGUCGAACAGCAUGUCUGGUCUCCAAUGUAUGGGAUUAAAGGCAACAUAGAUGCGACUGUUCAAGUGACCAUAAAAGAUAGAAAAGAGAACCGAACAUUGACUGUUCCAUUUGAAGUCAAGACCGGUAAAAACCAAAGCAUAUCUCACCGUGCCCAAACAACGCUCUACAAUCUACUUUUAUCUGAUAGAUAUGAUGUCAAUAUUGCAGAUGGAAUUCUAUACUACAUGGAAACAUCGGAAACAAUACGGAUACCUGCAGUCCGACAUGAUAUCUGCCACAUGAUUAUGCAACGGAAUAGGCUUGCCUGUCAUGCGAUGGAACGCAAUUCGAAACUCCCGUCAAUGCUGAAAAACGAUAAUUUAUGUAAUUCGUGUUACGCGAAGAUUCCGUGUCUUAUUUACCAUAAGUUCGUUGAUGAGGCAGAAAGCGAGACAUAUAAGCUAAAGGCAACCUUCAGUGACCUUCUUAAGCAUCUUACACCGAGACACAAGGAAUUUUUCUUGAAGUGGGAUGAUCUUCUGAUGAAGGAAGAAAAAGAAAUCUCCAAAUUCCGACGAGAAUUAUGGACUAUGCUUAGUUCUGAACGUGAAAAGCUUGGCAGGUGUUUCUCUCAUGUCAUUAUCCAAAGUAAUACUUUUAGCGAAGACAAGAAUUAUUCGAAGAUCAAUAGAUUUCAGUACACCAUGAUAAAAGCGAAGCCAACUUCUAGUUUUUCGUUUUUGGACUCGCAGAUGACUGUUGGAGACCCUAUAGUGAUUUCUGAUGAGAAUGGUCAUUUUGCUCUCGCCAACGGAUUUGUGAUUCGCGUUUUACGGCAUGAAAUUACUGUCAAAGUAGAUCGUAGACUUUAUAAUGAAUGGACUCGCCAGCCUGGCUUCGAUGCGCUUAAUAACCAAGUUUUUGGAGACAGAACCCAAGAUUCAGAGCAAGGUACGCAUUCUGAUGGAGGUGAGGGAUUAAAGAGAUCUCUUGUAUACUACCGAUUGGAUAAAGAUGAGCUAAGUAAUGGCAUGGCGACUAUUCGAAAUAAUCUGAUUCGGAUAAUGGUCGAUGAGCCUUCUGGUUCUCGUCACAUACGUGACCUAAUCGUGGAUCUGAAGAAGCCUCAGUUUAGAAAUAAUCCCACAUCUUUACUCUUACAAGAUAGUGAGCUCGUAAAUGUGGAUCAAAAAGAAGCCAUUCAAAAAGUUAUGAAUGCCGAGGAUUAUGCUCUUGUCCUUGGUAUGCCUGGAACUGGCAAGACCACAACUAUUGCACAUAUCAUAAGAGCUUUGGUUUCGCGGGGGAAAAGUGUUCUUUUGACAUCGUAUACUCAUACAGCCGUAGAUAAUAUUCUUCUGAAAUUGAAGCAUGACGGCAUCAUGAUUCUGCGCCUAGGUCAAAUAUCCAAAGUUAUUCCCGAAGUACAGGGAUUCGUCACCCUGGCUGCCAGUCCCAAACACUCAUUUGAAGAGAUCCAGAGAUGUUGGCAUGGAACGCCCGUCGUUGCAACUACAUGUCUUGGAAUAAAUCAUGCUGUUUUCAGUGAGCGGACUUUUGAUUACUGCAUCGUUGAUGAAGCCUCUCAGAUCACACUUCCCGUCUGCCUGGGGCCAAUCCGUCUUGCCCGUACCUUUGUACUCGUGGGUGAUCAUUUCCAAUUACCUCCACUUGUAAAAAAUGAAGAGGCGCGAAAGGGGGGCUUAGAUAUUAGUCUUUUUAAGCAUCUCUCUGACAUGCAUCCUAGCUCAGUUGUGUACUUGGAACAUCAGUAUCGGAUGUGUGAAGAGGUAAUGACCUUAAGCAACUGUUUGAUCUAUGGUGGUCGACUCAAAUGUGGAAACACGCAAGUCUCUCAGCGCGAAAUCUCUAUUCCGGAUAUAAGAGGGCUAGAGAAUCAUCACUUUUCUCCGUUGACGCUUCAUCGUAGUCAAAGCUGUGUUUGCCCAGGAUUAACAAGCAGCAGCUGCUGGCUUCAUGAACUUAUCAAACCUAGCACGAAGGUCUCAUUUAUAAACACGGAUCCAUUGCUUCCUUUGGCGCGUGAGGAGGCAAAAGGCAAUAGAAUCGUAAAUCCAACCGAAGCCAAAAUUUGUAAUUAUCUGGUACAAGGACUCCUCAGCGUCGGAAUUUCAGCUUCUAGUAUUGGGGUCAUGACGCACUACCGUUCACAACUUGCACUUCUCAAGCACAGUCUCUGCGCACAUAGCCAAGUAGAAAUGCACACGACCGACCGCUUCCAAGGUCGAGAUAAAGAAGUCAUCAUUCUUUCCCUUGUUCGCAGUAACGAGGCGAAAUCGAUCGGGGAGUUACUUAAAGAUUGGCGCCGCAUUAAUGUGGCCUUCACGCGUGCCCGGACGAAGCUAUUGGUGAUUGGCAGCCGGCAGACGCUCAAGGGCAGCGGACCGAGCGCGCAUAGUGAUGAGGAGAUGGUGGCUCGAUUCGUUAAAUUGAUGGAAUCGCGUGAUUGGGUAUUCGACCUGCCAGCCGAGGCCCUGGAAAAUCAUGUGUUUGGGGACAUGAUGGCGUCAGUCAGCGGGAGCAGUGCAGGCCAGCUGGACUUUUCGUCACAAGCCAAACGUAGACCGGACCCAAGCGAGGCGGACGGGCCCGGCGUCGCAAUGCCUAAGCGACGCGCACUCGGCCCGAGUUUAACCCGGGUAAGCGGACCGAAGCGGAUCCGGGGUCAGCGACCAUUCCAGAUUCCAAUAGUGGGGCUCUUGCGUGAUAUCAUGUAUGAGGCAGUUCCAGAGGCGUAG